AUGGACAGAAGCGACCGUAAGACAAUCCGUGUAGGUUCACGUAAAAGUGAAUUAGCAUUAAUCCAAACCAAGUUUGUUAUUAGCCAGUUAAAAGAAUUACAUCCGGAAAUAGAAUUUGAAAUAGUCUCCAUGACCACAAUGGGUGACAGAGUUCUGGACAAACCUUUACCAAAAAUUGGAGAGAAAAGUUUGUUCACUAAGGAUCUUGAAGUUGCUUUACUUAGCGGUACUGUUGAUUUCAUUGUACAUUCAUUGAAAGAUUUACCAACUGUGAUGGAAAUUGGAACAACAAUUGGUGCUAUAUUAAAACGAGAUGAUCCAAGAGAUGCUUUAGUACUUCGAGAUGAUUGUAAAGAAUAUCAACUGGACUCAUUACCUUCAAAGAGCUUCAUUGGAACUAGUUCUUUAAGACGCACAGCUCAGUUGAAAAGAAAAUUUCCUAAUCUUCAAGUGUCUGAUGUACGUGGAAAUUUAAAUACAAGAUUGAAGAAAUUGGACUGUAGUCAAUCUACUGAUAGUAACACAGAUACAAAUUAUAGUGGCAUAAUUUUAGCGUUGGCUGGAAUUCAAAGAAUGGGAUGGGAAAAACGUGUGUCCCAAAUAAUUGAUUCAGAUGUUAUGCUUUAUGCUGUCGGACAAGGAGCUUUGGCAGUCGAGUGUCGUUUAGGAGACGAUUAUAUUUUAGAAAUGCUUGAACCAUUGCAUCACUAUGAAACAGUUUUACAAGUUGUUGCUGAAAGAGGUUUCCUUACACGAUUGGGGGGAGGAUGCAGUGCACCUGUUGGUAUAAGGUCUACUGUUUGUUUAACAAAAAAUGCUAUGUCUUUGGAUGGUGCUGUGUGGAGCCUUGAUGGUGCAGAAGAAUUACAAUAUUCAUCUUCUGCACAGUUGGCAGAUAAAAAAGUUAUACAGAGCCACAUCGAUCAGUACAGAAGCGAAGAUGGAGAACCACCAAAGAAAUGUCCAUACAAACAACCUAGACAAUUUGUAGGAGUAACACCAGGGAAAAUAAGUUAUUUAGAUUUGGAUACAGCAUUAAAAUUGGGUACAGAGUUAGCAGAGAAUUUAAUAUCCAAGGGUGCUCUUGAUAUAAUGAAUGCGGCAAAAGAAAUAAUUCAUUCUACCAUCAAAUAA